AUGACUACAGCAGCCAGGGUAACCUUAUUCACCCCGACUGGCAAGGUGUUAUCGUCCGCAGUGAUGAUGGCUCUUCUUUUAGUAGUGCUGGUGAUGACCGCUGGAUAUUUUCACGCAGCCAAUUCAGAGGCACUUCCUUCAACAUCGUUUACACAAUAUGUCAUUUCGCUUAUGUUCUUGAUUCAAAAGAGAGCAAGCUUAAUGUCUAUCAAACAAGAUUUCAUUUCGAAAAGAAACAAUGUCCAGUAUACACAAAGAAUUAACUACAAUACCCAGGCAGCAAUGGCCAUGUCGAAACCAUAUGUGGCCAAACUGGGUCUGAACCAACAACAAUACGAUGCUCUCUUAGAUGCUAAAAAAACACAAGCCGAUAAAUCCAUGCGAGACCUGUAUGAAGCGAACAGUUACAUCAAUGUCACAGACAAUGCCAUUUCAGUGACAAAUGAAAAUAUUGCAUCCAUCAACCAGAAUCUUACCGAAGUGCUACUAAGCUACCACAAAUGGCAAACAACAAAUAACCACUUAGUGUCUGGCAACAUGUCCAUACAGCCUGUAAUUGGCUAUAUGGAAUCAUAUUCCACUUUUAAACCCGUUCUUAGAAUCAGAAAUAGACUUUCGGCAGGUGCCAAUCAUGGCCUAUUCAUUGGUCCUAACGGACGUGUGUACUCUUGGGGACUCGAUACUGGUGGAAGUUUAGGUAGAGAAGCAACUAAAACUACUCCUUUCCCCUCUUUGAGCACUCCUAUCGAUCUACCAGCAAACCUUACCAUUCUUCAAAUUGCCAGUACAUACUAUGGCAAUCUUAUUUUGAGUGAAGAUGCUGUUUAUGAUUGGGGUAAAAACGAUUACGGUCUUGCAGCAGACGGUACUAUCCUGAACAGAAAGGUUCCAACCAAAGUUUUUUCUUGGGAUUUGCAAGGACCAAAGAGAAUUGAUCAAGUUGCAGCUGGUGCUUUCAACUAUUUUGCUGUAGACGAGAAUGGAAGGUUGUAUUCUUGGGGAAGAAAUGAUCGAGGCCAGCUUGGAGAUAGAACCACCAUCGACAAGUGGAGACCUGUCGAUGUUUACAUGAAAGGCUCACUCGUCAAUCAAACAGUUGUUAAGGUUUGUGCUGGACAAUUGCACACAACUGUAUUGACUUCGAUCGGUAAAGUCUAUACUUUUGGGGACAAUCAAUAUGGACAAUUGGGAAUUGGAAAAACGGGUACUGAAACACCAUACGUUAUGGAGGCAGCUAGCGUCAUUAUGAAUGGAUCAUUGACAUCAAAAACAGUGGUUGAUAUUCAAUGUGGUGAUUUCCAUAACAUUAUUCUGACUUCAGACGGAAAAGUUUAUGGUUGGGGUCUCAAUGACAAGGGACAACUUGGAGACGGCUCCAUUGUGAAUAGAUUGUUCCCUGUCAAGAUUCCAGACAGCUCUUUCGACAAUAGAAAAAUUAUUUCCAUUACUGCUGAUAUGAACGUAUCAUUUGCUAUCGCUGAGAAUGGACCAUUGUAUGCUUGGGGUCAAAACGAUAAUUACCAACUUGGAAUUAAUGCAACUAUCUCUUAUGUUACCACACCUCAAAACGUGACUCUUCCUUCAGGAGUUGCUCCUGUUGAAUUGGUAAUGAUGGAAAAAUCCACUAUUUUGCUUGGAACAGAUGGAAAUUUCUAUGGAACAGGAUAUUCAUCUUCUAAUGCUGAAUUGCUGAAUGUAACAACACCACAAAUCAGUUUUACCCUCAUUUAUGCGUUCCCAAAACAAUACUUACCUCUCGAGAGAAGACAUUAUCCAUAUAUUGAGCUCAACGAUAUUUCCUAUUCCUUCGUUGGUAGACACUUUUUCUCCUUCCCUGACAAUGGUUUUGAUGCUUUUGUUAGAAAUAAUACAAGUCCAGAGUAUUGGAAGAUGUUGGACUACCACAACACAACUCGAAAAAUUUUCCAAGGAUCCAUUUACAAUACUCAUGUUCUUCGUGCUAACAAUUAUGUCUACAUGUUUGGAGGAAUUGUUAAUGGAUCAAUCUCAAACCUUAUUUACAGGGCACCAAUUGACAACAUUGAAAAUGGAUGGGAUAUUGUGAAACAAACCUUGCCAUAUCCUGUUGCAUCUGGCAUGUCCAUCUUAAUUGAUGACUAUUACUACAUUUUUGGAGGUCUUGUUUUUUGGCAGGAUCAAUCAGGAUUUGUUAAUAUUACCGCUACCUCAUCAAUUCUUAGAUGUCAUGUGUCAAGUCCAACACAAUGGGAAAUUAUGAAGUCAGGAGGUCUUCCAAAGGGUGUUUAUAGUGGAAGCAUUGCAAGAAUUGACGACUAUAUUUACAUAUUUGGAGGAAGAGUGAGUACAGGUGAUGCUUAUGCAGACAUUUUGAGAGCACCUUACCUUAAUGUGAGUCAAUGGAUUAACACUUAUGCUGUUUUACCAUUCCCUAUUGCUGAUGGACCUUUGGUUAUUACUGACGAUAAUAUUUAUAUCUUUGGAGGUUAUAUCUCAGAAAGCACUCCAGAUGUUUUGGGCAAGUACAUUAAAAGAGUGUGUGUGACCACUAAGAAAGACCCAGUUGGAAUGUGGACAGUUUCAGGAGAUGAUCUUCCAACCUUGCCAGCUCAUUUAGCAGUUUCCACUCCUGUGGUUGUUGAUCAUAAUCUUUAUCUGUAUGGAUAUGACUCAACAAAACCAACGACGACACAUCAACAGAUCAGUUUGGUUAACUCUUUCAUUAGAAUACCUUUUGUAUAA